AGCCCUUGCAAAAGCUUAGAAAAAUUCCAAGCCUUCAGAGGCUUUUGCCGAGCCCCACUACGAAAGCAAAGCGAGACCGAGAGCAAACCCCCACUCUGCCCCCAACCCAACCUCUCCUCCGAUUCCCCACAAUGGUGCCCGAGGUGUCGCCGUCGCGGUCGCCGCCGCGCGCAGCCGGCGGGGUCCUCGAGGAUAACCCGCCACCGCUGCCGCCGCCGAUGCAGCAGCAGCAGCAGCGCGCGGGGGGUGAAGUGGCUGAUGAGGAGGCCUCGCCGCCGCAGCCGCCUCAAUCCGCCUCCGUCGUCGUCUCCUCCAGCGCCAGCGCCAGCGCCGCCGCCGCCAAGUACGUGCCCCCGCGCGGGGCCGAGCGCGCCGCCAACCCGGCCGGGAGCGACGGCCGGCUGUGGUACUCGUGGAACGGCAGCCGCGCCAAGGACCGCCGCCGCGCUCAGCAUCAGCAGCCGCCCCCGAGGCAGUAUGAGCAGUAUCAGCAGCCGCCGCCGCCCCCGAGGCAGCAGCCGCAACCGGUGUCGCAGCCGUGGGCCCCGCCGGAGCCGAAGCCGAAGCCGCGGCCGCCGCUGCCGUCGCCGUCGCCUGAGAUGCCGCCGCCGCAGCGGGACGCGCCACCGCCGGUGCCCAUGCCGGGCUCGGCGGCUAGGUCCGCCGAACGGGACCGCAGGGGCGUGACCGAAAUCAUGUCGAGGAAACGCCGUACGGCGUCCCUGCAGCGCGCUGCGCUGGUGGCGCGUGCUGUGGCAGCGGGGCUCUGCCUGGCGGCGCUCGCCGUGCUCGCCGCCGACAGCCGCAAGGGCUGGGCACUCGACUCCUACAGCAACUACACCCAGCUACGGUACUCGGAGGCGGUGAACGUGAUCGGAUUCGUGUACUCGGUGUUCCAGUUCUUCGCGCUGGCGGCGUUUUUGAGCAGGAAAAGGCCUUUGAUUCCCCGGCCCAAGGGCGAUUACUUCGACUUCACCAUGGAUCAGGUGCUCGCAUACCUCCUGAUAUCGUCGUCAUCCUCAGCAACUGCUCGAGUAAGCGAUUGGAUCGACAACUGGGGGAGCGAUCCUUUCCCGAACAUGGCGAACAGCUCCAUUGUCAUAUCUUUCCUGGCAUUCGUGGUUUUUGCCAUCAACUCCCUCAUCUCUGCCUACAAUCUCUUCCGCCGAGAUCUGUAGCUGCAUAUACCAAUAAUCUGUUAUUAAUUUUUCAUUUCUGCACAUAGUUUCCAGUGCAGAUAUUGUUGUGUUGUAGUACAUGUAUAUGAGUUAAUGACAAUGGUUGUCUGAGUUCUUGACUUCUAGUAAUGUUAUAUCCCUACAUGAACUUGAGUUUCUGCGCCCAUAGCAGCUGCUGUAUGUUACUGUGAUGCGUUCCCCAUCUGUUCAAGAAUAUACUCCCUCCAUUUCACAAA